AUGUAAAAGAAUGAAAGAAAAGAUAUGAAUAUUAAAAAUAUUCCUGCUCCAAAUUGGUACUCUGCUAUUAUAUCAACUAGAUUAAUAACUGUAUAUUACUAAAUAAUUCCAAUUAUUGAAUAUGUAAAAGAAAAUACACCUAGAAAAGUUCCUUUGACUUUAUAAGGACAUCCAUAUAGAAUGAGCAAGUAAGCAAAUAAGAAACAAUUACCAAGUCCUGAACCAAUUAAAAAAGACAAAAAUAAAACUAAGUAGAAGGGUGUAUUGUAAAUAUCAUUAAUAUUUGGAUAGUCUAAAUUAAAUACACUAGUGUGA